CAGGGACGGACUGACCAUUUGGAAACUCGGGCCCUGCCCGAGGGCCAGGGGUCAGUAGGGGGCCCAAUGAGAUGCCCCUGGUACCUUUUUAAUAGGCUUUUUUGAGUUUGGGCAAGGACACAAGGGCCCCAUGAUCCCCUAUUGCCUGGGGGCCGAAUGAGUUGUCAGUCCGCCCCUGGCUGCAACCAUGAUGUUUUGAUAGUAACACCAAUGGAUUGCCUGUGCAGUAUGUGUCAGAAUUGCUGCUUUUAUUGUCCACCAGAAGCUCAUCUUUUUCAUAGGCUUUUUUCAGUUUGGGCAAGGACACAGGGGCCCCAUGAUCCCCUAUUGCCCGGGGGCCCC